GACUCUCAGUGCUGAUGUUGUUGCCAUUGGGAGCUGCAGCCCUGAGUCCCGGAGCCUCUGCAUCCACAGACUCUGCCCCCACAGACUCUGCCCCUCCAGGCUGUGCCCCCUGGUGCCCUCGGAACUCCAUAUGUGUCAGUGCCACCACCUGUCGCUGUCGUCCGGGAUUCACCUCCUGGUCUGGGGAGAUCAUCACCAACCCUGCAGACAGUUGUGACGACAUCAACGAGUGUGAACCACCCUUGGCCAUGUCCUGUGGAAAAUUCGCGGAUUGCCAGAAUGUGGAUGGGAGCUACUACUGCACAUGUGCCCCCGGAUAUGGGCUUGUUUCUGGGGCAACAACGUUCAGAAACAAGAGUGAGAACACAUGUCAAGAUGUCGACGAGUGCAGCUCUGGUCAGUACCAGUGCCACAACUCCACCGUCUGCGUCAACACCGCGGGCUCAUACAGGUGCCGCUGCCACCCAGGGUGGACACCCCUGCUGGGGCUCCGGGACAACCAAAACACCACCGUGUGCGAAGAGGUGUCCUUCCCCACCUGGACUCUGCCCCCCGGAAUCCAGAGCCAG